AUGAGUUUCUAGUUUUUCGAUGAUACUAUAACCUAUCUCAAAGGAGGCAGAGUGCCCUUUUUAUCAAAGUAUCAAGAAUCAGUUGGACCAAGUUAAGUUGUACCUCUGAGGGAUUUCAUGAUAGAAAUCAUUUAGGUUGGUCUAAGGAAAUCUUCUCCAGCCAGUACAUUAGAUGUCUUAAAGGAGGGUGUUUACAAUUAUGUGCAAGAGCAUCAAAUCGUACUUGACAAUAAAAUGAUAGAAAUCCUUUCAAUUUGUAUCUUUUCAAGAAGGGAGGAGUUGCGCAGAGUUUUCACUGAAUUAAUCUUUUAGAAAUCUGUAGAUAAGCAUCUUGUUGACUAUAACUAUAAUAUUGAGAUAUGUAUGGCAAGUGAAAGUUUUAGUAAAGUUAAUGAGGCUUAUCUAGUAUUGGAAUUAAUGUUAAGAGGGCAAGAUGGCAAAGGCUUAGAAAGAGUAGUUAUUGAAUUAAAUAACCAAGAGGCAAAAGCAUUUGUUGGAAAGCUAAGAGAAAUCGAAAAAGUAAUCAAUUCUUAAAAAUUAAAUAAACUUUAUAAAUAGGAGUUAAUAGGAUCAUCAUAAUGA